CUCCCUCGCAGGCGCGGCGCAGCGCAGGUCCUUCGCGGCUGAUAGCUCAAUGGCAAGUCCAACUUCUGCCAACGGCGAGUAUGAUCUCAAGAUUGAUCCUGCCCGGAAGCCACGAAGAUCAACUGACCCAGGGUGGAAGUAUGCAUAUUGGCCGGACCUUGAAAACAAAGAUAAGGUGGAAUGCUUGCUAUGUGGUGAUCAUUUUCGUGGAGGGAUAAAAAGGCUCAAGCAGCAUUUGGCAGGUGGCUAUGGAGAUGCAAAACUGUGUCCAAAGUCAACCAGUGAAUUAAGGAAGGAGAUGACAGCUUACAUUGAAUCCAACAAGAGAAAAAGACCAAUAUACCUAGGUGAAGAGGAGGAAGAAGUGGUGGAGGUGGCAGCAAAUGGGUCUGCGGCUGUACAUGAGAAUGAAGCUUCUGUUGUGGAGUCUCAAGCCUCCAAGGUGCAGCCUAAGCCUAGUUCAGGUACAGCAGCCAAAAGAAGGCAAGCAACCUUACAAUUCAAGGCAAGUGACAACAAGAAAAAACCACAGACAAAGGCACCCAAAUCUGUUGUUGAGAUGAUGCGGAAAACACCAGAAGAGAUGGUGGAUGAGAGACUUGCAGAGUCUUAUCAGCCCACAAUUGUGUCCAUUACAAAAAGUAAGGAAGAGAAGGAAUAUGUGGAUAUGCAGUGGGCUCUGUUCUUCUAUGAGUGUGGGAUACCUUUUAAUGCAGCAGCUUCUAGGCAAUUUCAUAUUGCAGUCGAGGCCACAGUACAAUAUGGUUCAGGGUACAAGCCUGUGACACCUUAUCAGUUGGGGGAGCCAUUGCUUCAAAAGGCCGUGAAGGCAACAAGCACUAUGAGGGAGGAUCAUGAGCGGGCAUGGAAGCAUUACGGGUGCAUACUCAUGUCCGAUGGUUGGUCUGAUAAGAGGGGACACCACCUUAUUAACUUCUUAGUGAACAGCCCAGAGGGUACUUACUUUUUGGAGUCCAUUGAUGCAUCAAGUGAAGUACAUGAUGCAAACAUGCUUGCUGAUUUGCUAGAGGAAAAAAUUGAGGGCAUUGGGAGAGACAACGUUGUUCAAGUUGUCACAGAUAAUGGUGCCAACUUCAAGGCAGCAGGCAAGCUUCUGAUGGAGAGGAUUCCUACGAUGUUUUGGAGUCCAUGUGCUGCACAUUGCUUGGACCUCAUGCUGGAAGACAUAGGAAACUUGAAGGAGUUCAAGAAACCUAUUGCACGUGCAAGGCGUGUGACAACUUUUAUAUACAGACAUGGAAGAGUCCUUAGUGCCAUGAGGGAGAAGACUGGUAGGGCUGGCAUUGUGAGAGCUACAGCCACUCGUUUUGCAACUUCAUUUCUUACUCUGAAGAGCAUGUAUAAGCACAAGGAUGAAUUGAAGUCUUUAUUUGUUAGUCCUGUUUGGACUGGGAACAAAUUGGCAAAGACCAAGGCUGGUCUUGAUGUGCAUGACAUUAUCCUCUCCACACAGUUUUGGAAUUCAGUGGAAGAUUGCCUUAGAGCAUCAGCCCCACUCCUUAUUGUGCUUAGGGUGGUUGAUGGAGAUGAGAGGCCAGCUAUGCCGGAGGUUCAAGCAUUAAUGAAACAUGCAAAGGAGAAGAUAACUCAAAGCUUUGCCAUCCAAACCAAGAAGAGUUUGCUCAAGAGUAUCAUGGCCAUAAUUGAGCGACGUUGGGAGAAACAAAUGGAUCACCCACUAUAUGGGGCUGCAAUGUAUUUGAACCCAGGGAAGCUACAUCCUCUCAUAAGAGAUGAUGAUGAUGCAACUGUUGGACAGCUAAGAGGUUGCUUUCUUGAUGUGCUUGCAAGAAUGGUGGAAGAUGAGGAUACUGGAGACAAAAUCAACGCUCAAGCAAUGGAUUAUGAAUACCUUAGAGGAAAUGCUUUUUCAAACAAAAUGGCCAAAGACAACAUUGCAACAAUGAGCCCUCGUAAGUGUUGCUGUUCUAUUUUAAUUUCAGCAAGGGUACAUUAUGGAAAUUUAAUUCCAGCAGCAAGUGAGCAUUAUUUUCAGUCCUAGGUCCUAAUAUAUGAU